GCUGUUUUACAUUAGAGUCUACAGAGCAAAAGGUUGAACAAAAACGAAAGUACAGAAAAAAUGAAUAAUUCAUCUUCUAAUAAUCGUGAUCUAUUAACAAGAACCAGAAAUUUAUUAAGAACUGCAUUGUGCCAAUUGGAAACUGGAAAUGUCUCAGAAACGAGUUCCUCGUUCUCGGAACAAGGACCAAGCGCUUCUACUUUUUCGGCAUCGCCAUCGGGGCAAUCUUUGCAGCAAGGAGUCCAAAGACGAAGUGCCUCCUCUGUUUCAGGGCAAGGUCGAAGUGCCUCAGACGAUUUCAGAAGGGCAUUUCCAGGAAUGUGUUCUAGAAACGUCACACGCCCAUUACCUUCUGGCAACUUACAGCCACCAGUGAAAAAAACAAAAGGAUCAAUAAAAGGUUAUGUUCCACUGCGAUUCCAGCCAGCAGAGACUUGGACCCAUGACAUAUGUAUUCUAGGCAGGUGUAAUGAGAGUUUAACACCAGACAGACACCGACUUGACUCCCUUAUGGCAGCUGGGCUUGGCAAAAUGAAAGUCGUUUUUCCUAACAAGAAUGCAUCUCAUGAAGAACUACAAAAAUUCAUGGAAGAAAAGUUUCCAAAGAUGAAAGGAUCGGGAGGGUUUGAAGUUUUGAGAGCUGUUGGAGGUGGUGGAGGACAAAGGGUACUCAGUCUUAUCCCACCAAGCAGAGAAGGAUAUUCUGUAUCAUAUCUCAAAGAAAGGUUGGGCCAGGCCGUAGCCUAUUUCCGUCCACUACAAAUUGAUUUGGAUGAAACUGAAGUGAAAUAUGAUGAUGUUGGUCCAGUUAUCAAUUGUAUCAAAUGCAGCACUAGCUUCACAUAUGGUGAAUUUAAAAAUCACCAGCUUGUCUGCAACCCUGAUGGGCAUAAAAAUAUGGAUUUAUCAACUGAAGUAUCGGAUGACGAGGUUAGGGUUCCACCUGAAGUGGAAACUAUCAAUGCAGACAAGGUACCUCAGGAAAUACAAGAUGCGUAUGAGAGCCCGAUAUGUACUAGUGUCUCAGACAAAAAAGAAGUUAAGGAUAAAAGUGAUUGCAUUUCCCACCUGAAAGACAUGUUUCCGAACACAAGUAUCGAAACAUUGCAAAAUUCGUAUGCAAAUAAACAAGGAAAUGUGUCUGAGGUGGUUGAUGAGCUGAUUGGAGGAUGGGAUGGGCAAUUGGAAGAUUAUUUUCCUGAUUUUGAAACAAUGAUGGAGAAUAUUGAUGCAGAUGAACCACUAAAUCUUGCUGAACAUCUUCAAAAACUAGCACCCACAAAAAUAACUCCUCAAAGAUUAUCUGUUGAUCGUGGUAGCCUGUUUAAAGACAGUGUGUCAUUUUUCAAAAAGUCAAGUUUCGAUUUUGACUCCCCAGUGAAAAUAGUAUUUGAAAACGAGCCUGCAAUCGAUGGAGGGGGCUUAAGUCAGGAUAUUGACAUUGUGAAGGAGGAUAUAGCAGACAUAGAUAUUAGAGAUAUUGUAACACAGAUUGAUUCCUUAGAUAACUUUGAAAAUAUUCCUGAUCAAAUCCUUGAUGCACUUGUGGAAACUGGUUUUACUAAAAAAAUCACCAAAGAGAAUAAACUUGAAGCUAUCACAAGCAUAAUGCUGAACACAGUGAUCUUAAUGCGUAAAGCUGAGCUUGAUCAAUUUGGUCAAGGUCUUGGCCCAAUACUAAAUGAAGCACAGAAGCAUCCUGAUGUUUUCAAGCCCUUGUUUGUUCAUGUUGGUGAUGUGGAUCUUACCCCAGAAAUGUUUAAAAGUCUAUUGAUGCAUACACACUUAGAUGACCCAAUCAAAGGCUAUUUUUACAAGUAUAUUGAUAAUUUGGAUGCAAAGGGUUUGCAAAAGUUGUUGGCAUUUUCUACUGGUGCAAGUAGUAUACCACCAAUGGGUUUUCAUGAACCUGACAAGAUAACUCUCACAACUAUUGAAAGUGUUUUGCCAAAUUCCAAUACAUGUCCUAUGGAUUUAGAACUACCAAAAAAAGUUGCCAAUUUUGAAGAGUUUUCCAGACAGAUGAACAUUGCCUUGGACAUGCAAGCAAUGGGAUUUGGCAUCAUAUAA